UCUUUCUCCCUCCGCCGGCGGCGGUGCUUCAGAAGCCAGGCAGAGGAUCCUGGAAAUAAGUUGGAAACACCUCAUCCUUUGUCUCUCCUUCGUGGAGGAAUGGAGACGGGGUCCAUGCAGCCGGAGCAGGUUGCAAAAGCUCUGGAGGAGCUGGCUGUGAAUUUCUCGGAGGAGGAGUGGGCUCUGCUGGAUCCCCGCCAAAAGGCUCUGCACACGGAAGUCAUGAAGGAGACUUUCACCCAUGCGAUGUCUCUGGGCGUUGGAAUGAUGCUGGGAAUAUAUCCUUCCCCGUCUCUUCUGUCUGGAGGAGCCAAAACAGCUUCACCGCAAACUAUGGGGAAAAGUCGGUGGAGAGCCGUUCAGUGUUUUUCUCUCCCGGAACCUUUUCAGAAGUUGAAGGGUGUCCUGAUGACCUUUGAGGAUAUUGCUGUCCAUUUCACGGAGGAGGAGUGGACUCUGCUAGACGAAGACCAAAGGGCUCUGCACCGAGAAGUCAUGGAGGAAAAUAUAGCCAGUCUGAUCUCUCUGGCUACUUUGACGAGAGAGAAGAGAAGUGAGGAAGAAGGCGGUAUCAUCUCCUUGAGACCUCUCAUUGAUAUAAAGUGGAAACAACCCUUAGAAAGCAGCGGGAGCAUCAGUGGUAGAAGCCGCCAUGUAGCAAAGAAGCUGUUGAAAUCUUUGGAAGGUGGAAGGAGCUUCAGUAAGCGUGGACGACAUGCCUCCCAUAUGAGAAUCCAUAAAGGGAAGAAACCAUUUAAAUGCUUCAGAUGUGGAAAAAGCUUGAGUCCUGGGGCAAACGUUGCUCACCACAUGAGAAUCCACACAGGAGAGAAACCAUUUAAAUGUUUGGAAUGUGGAAAGGGCUUUACUCAAAGUGGAAAUCUUGCUUCCCACAUGAGAAUCCACACGGGAGAGAAACCUUUCAAAUGCAUAGAAUGUGGGAGGAGCUUUAGUCAAAGGGGAAACCUUGCUUCUCAUAUGAGUAGACACACAGGGGAGAAACCAUUCAAAUGCGUGGAAUGUGGGAAGACCUUUAGUGAGAGGAGAAGCCUUAGGUCACAUCAAAAGACUCACACAAGGGAGAAACCUUUUAAAUGCACGGAAUGCGGGAUGAACUUCAGUCAGAGCAGUAGUCUUAGUUCACAUCAAACAACUCACACAUGCGAGAAACCCUAUAUAUGCAUGGAAUGCGGAAAGAGCUUCAGUGAUGGCAGUAGCCUUAGUUCACAUCAAAGGAUUCACACAGGCAAGAAACCACAUAAAUGCAUGGAAUGUGGAAAGAAUUUCAGUGUCAGAGGUAGCCUUCGAUUACAUCAAAAGACUCAUGCAAGGGAAAAGCCAUACAAAUGCAUGGAGUGUGGAAAGAGCUUCAUUCGGAAAUGUCAGCUUAGUUCACAUCAAAGAACUCACACAGGGGAGAAACCGUAUGAAUGCAUGCAAUGUGGAAAGAGCUUCAGUCAGAGCAGCCACCUCAGUAGACACCAAAGAACGCACACAGGGGAAAAACCCUAUAAAUGCAUAGAAUGUGGAAAGAGCUUCAGUCGAAGCAGUCAUCUUCGUUUACAUCAAAGAACUCACACUGGGGAGAAACCAUAUAAAUGCCUAGAAUGUGGGAAGAGGUUUAGUGACAGCAGUCACUUUAGUAGACAUCAAAAAAGUCACACAGAGGAGAAACCAUUUGGAUCAGAAAAUCUGGCAAGGGCUUCCAUGGGUUCACAGAACUCCCUUUUCAUUAAAGUCUGGUCACCCAUCGUAACGAUUAAGACAGUUUAAGCUGUACCUCCAUUGAAUCUUUGACGGAAUGUAGUAUAGGUCAUAUCUUUUCCACGACUUGUUAUAAAGAAGGUAAUUUGAGCCAUAAUUCUCUGAAUUGCCCUGAUUUAAUUUGUUUCCACAGUGCCUUCAAUACUUGGUUUUGGUGCAGUAGCUAGACAUAUAAACGGAUCAAAGCAAACUCCCUGGGGUAACAGGAAAAAGUGAAAAGCAAAGAAUCCUUUUUAAAGGUCAUAUGUCAUUUCAAAACCAGUACAGUGGUGCCUCGACUUAUGACCAUAAUCUGUUCCAGAAGAUCGAUGUAACUCA